AUCUCCGACUUUGCCGACUUCUUCUUCUCCUUCUCCUUCUUAUUCCCGAGAAACGGUGCCCUUUCUCCUCUCCCUUCCAAACCCUAAUCCCCCCUCCAUGAUCCUCUCCCUCCCUUCCCAGUAGCCGAGCUCCACCUCUUCAUCCAUGGCGGCGGAGCCCUUCUCUAAGAAGAAGGAGGGUCUCCUGCUUGGCCGCUACGAACUUGGCCGUAUUCUCGGCCAUGGCACCUUCGCCAAGGUUUACUACGCUCGGGACGCCCGCACUGGGGAUUCCGUCGCCAUUAAAGCCUUAGACAAGGAGCGCAUCCUUCAGGGCGGUCUCGUCGCCCACACCAAGCGCGAGGUCGCCGCCCUCCGACGUGCUCGCCACCCCAAUGUUGUCCAUCUCCUCGAGGUCAUGGCCACCCGAUCCAAAAUCUACUUCGUUAUGGAGUUCGUCCGCGGCGGUGAGCUUUUCUCCCGUGUGGCUAAAGGUCGUCUUCAUGAGGACACCGCCCGCCGGUACUUCCAGCAGCUGAUCUCCGCCGUUGCCUUCUGCCACGCCCGUGGUGUCUUCCACCGUGAUCUCAAACCUGAGAACCUCCUCGUAGAUGACACCAAUGGCGAUCUCAAGGUCUCCGACUUUGGUCUCAGCGCGGUAUCGGAUCAAAUCAGGCAGGACGGGCUCUUCCACACCUUCUGCGGCACCCCGGCGUAUGUCGCGCCGGAGGUGCUCGCUCGCCGUGGCUACGACGCUGCCAAGGUCGACAUUUGGUCUUGUGGUGUCAUCCUCUUCGUUCUCAUGGCUGGGUACCUCCCUUUCUAUGACCAAAGCGUCAUGGCGAUGUACAAGAAGAUCUAUAAAGGUGAAUUCCGCUGCCCACGGUGGUUCUCGUCGGACCUAACAAAGCUCCUCUCUCGCCUUCUUGAUACCAAUCCACAGACCAGGAUUACCAUCCCGGAGAUAAUGAAGAGCAAAUGGUUCAAAAAGGGAUUCAAGCAUGUCCGGUAUUACAUGGAAGAUGAUAAAUUCUAUCCUAUCGAGGAUGCCAUUGACUAUGUGCCGCCUCCGCCGGAGGAGAAGUCUGAGUCGGAGUCUGACUCUGAUUCAUCAGUGACUUCAUGCCCCCCUUCAUUGUCUGAUGUAGAGAGGCGUGGAUUAGGAUUGCCAAGGCCUGCUAGCUUGAAUGCCUUUGAUAUCAUAUCAUUCUCAAGGGGUUUUGAUCUUUCAGGGUUGUUUGAGGAGAGGGGGGAGGAAACAAGGUUUGUUUCAGGUGAACCGGUGUCGAAGAUUAUCGCAAAACUGGAAGAAAUUGCUAAAGUUGUGAGCUUUAUAGUGAGGAAGAAUAAGUGUAGAGUUAGUUUGGAGGGGACAAGGGAAGGGGAAAAGGGGCCACUUACAAUAGCAGCAGAGAUAUUUGAGCUUUCAGGUUCACUGUUGGUGGUGGAGGUGAAGAAGAAAGCAGGUGACAGGGCGGAGUAUGAGGAGUUCUGUAACAAGGAAUUGAAACCAGGGUUGCAGAGCUUUGUUUAUGGGUAUGCUGUUGCUGGUGCCAUUGCCUCAGUGGAUGUUGCUGAUGAUUCUGGUCUUGCUUCUGAUUUUGAGUAGUAGGAGAACAAAAAAGAGUAAUGUUCUCAUCUUUCUUAACUUUUGCUUUUGGUUUUCUGAAGUCAAUAAUCAGCUAUUGUUAUUGUCUCUGAUAUAAUUCUUUGUUGGAAUUUGUUUGUACUAGGAAUCUAGUGAAAAGUAGUAUUCUUUAUUCUCAAAUAUGCAUUGAUAACUUUCUUAAUGUCA